UAGAGAGCGAGAACAAAAGAGAAAAGAUCAAAAACAUAGAACCGAUUUGAUCCCUAAAGUGGGUUCCCGCGCUUUUUCUCCUUCUCAUGAAUGGGAUCCCGUGGUCUCAGAGGCGAGAGAGAGACCGUGGGAGAGAUACAUGAGGUGAAUUGAUGAGUGUGUGUGUGUGUGAGAGAGAGAGACUAACUAACUGUGUGUGCACAAGUGCGUGUACGCGCAAGUGCGCGCUCUCGAAUCCGGUUCGCGUUUUGCUCGGAGCCUGCAGGGCGGAAUCGGACGCGUUCAGGAGACUCAUUCCGAACCUGGAGUCUAACUGAGCUUUGAUAUCAACCCCGAGUUGGAGAUUUAAAAGUCUGGAUUGUUUGUUCUGCUCGUUUCCGCUCCAGAUAUCCUGAGCUGAAAGAGAGAGAAACAGAAACAGAAAAUCAAGUGCAGCACAACUCGCCAAAAAGUCAAUGCUGGCCACGAUAGACAGGCACCGGAACACCGAGUGCACCCUGCCACACACACGGCCCAGCAGGCAAAGAGCUUAAUGCCGCUGACCUGGACUCCAGUCUUCCCAGAUCCUAAUCCGAUUGAGGUCCCAUUGGAAGUGCCGGACAAACAAGCCCGGUCCAUGGAGGGCCCAGUCCGGAACCAAAAGGGGAAAUGAUCACUGAUUAAUUCAGUCAACUCUAUUGUGUUUUUGGCCUGAAGUCAGUCUGCUAUGGAGGAAGAAAAUCUUUUGGACCUGGGUCAUCUGACUGAAGCGGAACAAACCAUCAUUUUAAAUGUGUUGCUGAGAGAUAGUGAAUUACACAACCUCGACGAGGGCCGAAUCAGCAAACUCAAACAAGUGGAGUCCGACCCUGCGCGCCUUCACUUCCUCACCGGCGCAUGGUUCAGCGAGCAACGAUCCAAGCGCUAUCAUAAACGAGGGGUCGAUGUCGUCCAAACAUCUAUACGCCGCAAAAAGAAGGAUAAAGAUUUGCCUGUGAUGUCAGUGUUUACAGAACAGAAAGAACAAAAAAAUUCAGCCCAGAAGCAGGAUAAGACCACGGAUGUGAACACUGCAGUCCUGGAGGAUGGAGAAGUCGUAGAAAAAGAAUCUAAAACAGGGGAAGAGAAAAAAGAGAGUGCCAACCACAGCAAGGCCCCCGAACCCCGACCAAGGAUCAAGCGAAGCACAAAGACGUAUACCGAAACGAGAGACGACACUUCAGAAAUUGAGCCAAGGGAGGUUACAGAAGGCAAGUCCUUAUUUAAACUAAAUGACCCAACAGGAAAUUGCAGACUUAUCUCUGUCCUUUAUCUGUCUUUUCUUUAUGUUUCAGGAAGUGUUGCAGAUUCAGAGGCCCUAGAGGACAGAUCACUGCAGAACACAACCUCGUCACUACAGGCUGACUCUGAUGGAGAUAUCGAUUCUGGCAGCACUGAACUGGAAUACAAAAGAUUCGGCUCGGCUAACAACUUGUACUCUAAUCAUACGCUGAGUGGCAGUAUGAUGAGCCUAUACAGCGUCGGGGAUUUUGGAAGUGUUACUGUGACUGGCCGGAUCCAGUUUGCCCUGCAGUACGACUCCAAAAGAGAGGAGCUUCUUGUGCGAGUGUGUCGAUGUCAGGAUUUGGCUCCAGCACGUAACAAGCACUCUGACCCGUAUGUGAAACUGUACCUCCUUCCAGAUAACUCAGCUCGUAGUAAAAGGAAAACCUCAGUAAAGAGGAAAACUCUAAAUCCCGUAUACGAUGAAACACUUAAGUAUAAAGUACGUAAAUCAGACCUGCUGGCUCGUGUCCUCAGUGUGUCGGUGUGGCAUAUGGAGCGUGUACGGAGGAACCUGUUCUUGGGAGAGGUGGAGGUGCCGCUCAGCCAGUGUGACUGGACCCAGAGUAAGCUUUCCUGGUACCCACUUCAACCCAGGGUACAAAUGAACCCUGAAACUGUCCUCAGCAGGGGAACCGUCUUACUAACGCUUAAAUUCAUACCGCCUGGCUCUGAAGACGGAGGGUUCCCUCUCACUGGAGAGCUACAUAUUUGGCUGAAGGAGGUUGUUGGACUCCUUCCCCCAAAACGCGGCACUCCAAGUAUCUUUGUUAAAAGUGUGGUUUUGCCAGAUGAGAGCGGUGUUAGUGGUCAGCAGACACGCGUUGUCUGUGGCUCGGUCAGUCCUGUAUUCAAUCACACAAUGGUGUAUGAUGGACUGCAGUUUAAUGACCUCAUACAGGCAUGUGCUGAAAUUACCGUGUGGAACUCAUCCAAGUGUCUUGGUGGCGUGCGCCUCAGCACAGGCUCAGGUGUGAGUUACGGUCAGAAGGUUUUCUGGAUGGACUCCACUGAAGAAGAAAUCAGUGUAUGGGAUACAGUCAUCCAGAAAUCCAACAACUGGGUGGAUGUCGCUCUCCCGAUCAGAACCAACCUACAGCAGCGCUGAGAUUAAAACAUAUUUGGCCCUUUCUAUUCAAUGCAUUGGUCCAGUAAUUUCCUCUUUUGAUCUUUCAUGAUCUUUCACACUAUGACAUUCUAAGUGUCACUGAGGCCUGGACCAUAUGCAUACAGUAUUUUUAAAAAUGUUUGUUUUUUUUUGCUUUGUUUACAAAAACAGUUGAUGUCCACAUGAAAAAAGGCUAACUUCAAUGUCAUGCUGGCCAAUCAGAGACCUGAAAAAGGUUUCAUCUGAAUGACAAUUAAUUUUGUCAUUUAGUCACAGUCUAACAUAAAACACAGGAGAUACAGUGCAUGGGACGUGCACACUUACUGUAUGUCCACACCUCAACACUGAAAACUGAGUUUCUAACCUUCCAGGUGUUGUCCAGACAGACAGUUUCCAGUUAUGUUAAACACAAAACGCCCGGAAAACAAAAUGCCAAGAUACAAAAAAAAUCCUAAAAAUACCCGUAUAUAUGUGGCCCAGGCCUUAAACGGUGUACUAUAAUAUGAUGGUGUGUCCAUUCUCAGAUUUUGUAAGAAUAUAUUUGUAAAAGAUAUAUUUUCAUAUGUAUAAUCUUAAAAGUAGCAAUAUCUAAAUACAGGGGAUUUGGAAAUCUCUCUGGACUUUAAUGCUGCAUCCUCAGAAAAUUAUAGUGGUGGGGAUCUGGAGUUAUCUGCUACAUUAAACCUUGUCUCAUAAAGUUUUUGGUCUCCUUACAAUUGACCCUCUUUUGUGCUCAGGGUUGGUGUGUAAAACAUAUGAUAAAUCUAAGUUGAAAUUAUGAACUUAAAAUGUGCGAAAAAAAAUCAGCUCUUGUUCUUUUAAACUUCUAAAGGCUUAUUCUCACCUUUAAACAAUAAAAAACAACAUAACUCA